AUGCCCGACUCGGACAACACCGCAGUGCCAGGCUCAGAUAUAAAGCCUUGGGCCCGUCCGGAGCCACAAGGAUAUUUGUUCAAGAAUGCCAACGUGGUCGAUGUAAAAGUUGGGAAAAUAAUUGAAAACAGCAUUGUCAUUACUCGACAGGGAAAAAUUCAAUCUGUUUCUUCCUCCUUUCCAGAGCCCCUUCCGGCCGAUCUCACGGUCAUCGACUGUGACGGUCGCUAUCUUUGUCCUGGCUUGUUCGACGCGCACGUACAUCUGUGUGCUGUACCUGGAUUCAGUGACCUUUCAAAAGCAUUCGGAAACCCAAACGAUGUUCACUUGUUACGACAACCUUAUACUGCAGCCCAGAUGCUGCAUCGAGGUUUCACCAACAUUCGUGAUUGUGGCGGGGCACAGCUCGCUCUGAAACAAGCCAUCGACGAGGGAGUUUUUCCUGGUCCUCGGAUAUUUAUCUCUGGACAUGCCCUUUCUCAGUUUGGCGGACAUGGCGAUCUUCGAUCAGCACAUGAUAACACUGGCUGCUGCGGUGGCACUCACAACAACAACCAUCUUGGCCGUAUGUGCAAUGGGGUUCCCGAGUGCAUGGCAGCAGUACGCGAGGAGAUCCGCUGCGGAGCUGAUUUCAUUAAAAUAAUGGGCUCGGGUGGUGUCGCCAGUCCGACCGACCGUCUAGAACACCUUCAGUUCACUGAUUCCGAGAUUCAAGCCAUGGUCGAAUGUGCGAAUAAUGCUGGCACAUUCGUUACUGCGCACGCUUACACGGUCAAGGCUAUUCGGCAUUGUAUCGACAAUGGAGUCAAAGGAAUUGAACAUGGGAAUUUUGUGGAUCCACCAACAGCCAAGAUGAUGGCUCAUAAGGGGGUUUAUCUCACCCCGACUUUGAUUGCAUAUGCACAAAUGGCAUCUGAGCGCUGGAAGGGAUAUUUGCCACCAGAGUCGCAGUCUAAGAAUUCACAGGUUCUCAAGUCUGGUUUGGAAGCUUUGAAGGUUGCUUCUGAGGCCGGAGUCACUAUGUGCUAUGGAUCUGACCUGCUGGGUCCACUGGGCUCUGCACAAACACAAGAAUUUGCUUUACGGUCAGAGGUUUUGAAGCCAAUAGAGAUUUUGCGCAGCGCGACUAUCAAUCCUGCCAAGAUGAUGGGCUGUGAAGAUUCCAUUGGUCAAAUUAAAGAGGGCUUUCACGCUGAUGUGGUUGUUCUCUCCAAAAACCCCCUCAAAGAUGUGACUAUUUUUGAUCAACCCGAAGAACAUGUACUGGCUGUUAUGAAGGAAGGCCGUGUCUACAAGAGUCGGUGGUCGACACUUGCGGAAGACUCUGAGAUACCUGUUAGGGUCAAGUAUAAUUGA